AUGUCCAACAGUAGCUACAUUAAUGCACUAGUACGCUCUCUCUACGAUGAGAGCCAGGAGCACAACGAUAGCAUGUUAAGUGGAAGCCAGCCCAAGAUUCGAAGCCCAAACGCAUUCGAUUCGCAGUCAGAGCCACCAAGUUUGUUCAUACAAUCAGCUAACACAUGGGGAGGACAGUUCAACCCUGUUCAUUUCCAGCGCAACGCGUUUGCGAUGAUGUCAGCAAGUCCUGUCAAUAUGGAGAACGGAGCGUUUGCCGCGAUGACUGCCGCGUCGCAUCACAAAUAUGAAAAAAACAAAAAAAGAAGCGAUCGCGUCAACGAGAAAUCGUAUUGGGUCAACGGAAGCCACGUAGACGAAACCAUCACCUACAACCAGUAUACCAUCGAUACUGCCGUUUUGGCUCCAACUACUGAGUCUAAGCAAGCGAUCCUACAACAGUCUGUGAACUCCAUCAAGCAGACAAAGACAACAAUGGAACACAAGGUGGAUUUCUUGAUGAAGCGCUACACAUCAGUAUGCCCAGACGUUCGCUCGCAAGUCAACGCCGCCACCAGCGAACUGUUCGACGUGACUAGUGACGUGUACGAAUUCACAAGCCUGCACAUCAUCGACAACACAGGACAAGCGAUCGCUACAGGACCGGGACCAGGACUUCCAGCACCAUUUAGAGCCGCGGCCACUUACUUCCGAAUCGAGCUCCGAUUGGUCCCACGGCUGUGUUCCCUACGAACUGACAUUGGAAUCGACCCAAAAAAGUUCCCACCAUCUUCCAACAGAGCUGUAUAUGCUCCAGUGCCAAGAGCCCAGAGCCAGAUGGACGUAUCCAUCACUCGCCAAAUGAUAAUGGACCAAGCACAUCACAAGGAAAUCAUUGCAGCAAUGGCAGCAUUGGGAGAAGAGUUCUCGAUGAGGGCCGCGACCAGAGACGGAGAACCCGAUAACGAAGCCUAA